AUGGAUUUUCCACUGACUCUCGCCAAGGCUGAUUGUUAUAUGUUCUUUUAUGAACGUGACAUAGUUAAACAAGUCAGCAAUAGCGGUGGACUCUAUUUUCGAUAUAUUGAUGAUUUAUUUAUUGUAAUAAAUUGGCCAAGUCGUCAUCUAUCGAAGCAAAUCGAACGUUGGAAUCAAUUUGAUGAAAAUAUCAAGCUCUCAGAACAUAUCGGUUCAAAUGCAGAUUUUCUUGAUUUACAUAUCGAAAAUCAAGAUGGACAAUUGUUGACGACAGUUUAUCAAAAGCCAUCUUAUGAAUCAUAUUAUUUGCCAUUCAAUAGUAUUCAUCCAUUGAAUAUGAAGAAAAAUAUUAUCUAUACAAUGUUACUUCGCGCCGUCAGGUAUUGUUCAACUUUUCAAGCUUAUCUGAAUGAAUGUGAAAAAUUAAGAAUGACACUAUUAGUAAAUAAAUAUCCAAAUAAAUUCAUCGACGAACAAAUCAAUCAAGUGUUAUUAAAAUAA